AUGUAUAACUAAUGUUUUCUUAACUUUUUAGCAGCUACUCAAAGUGGUAAUUACAAUAUAUGUAAUAUUUGUCAGUAAAAAUAAUAUCAAUUUUUUUUGUUUAUUCUAUAUUUGAAAUUGUUUUGUGCAUUUCAUAGAACUCUGAGCAAUUCUAAUCUUCGCAGAUGUUAUUUUAAUUUGGCAUAUAAUCUAUUUACUAAUCCCUUUAAUCAACAAUUAUUUCUAUUUUUUUAAUAAAUACAAAGUAGAAUCCUAGCAAUUUUUUAUUCACGCCUCCAAAGGUUUCAUUUCGAUUUAACAAAAUAAUUUUUUAAGUUAAACCUUAUUGAACUAUUAAAAACAAAUAUAUUACAAAAUAUAUUGAAUUCAGCAAUAAAACUAUGA